CUGGAGCUAAAUCCCGAAUGGGUUAGAUUGUUUCAGCCACUGAUUUGGGCCCCGGGACAUGACGGGUCUGGAUGGGUAAGACUCCAGAGCCUGAACAUGAUGCUUCUAGUAACAGCCUCUCCUUCCAAGGUUCCACUUAGCUCUAUUAGGCGAUUCUUAAGAGUAGGGGAAUCGUAUACGUGUCCUCUUAAGUCAUUUUAUUAUAGGAUAGACGUUACUGAAACUAUACGUUCAAUCCUCUGGAUUUACCUUCCGGCACCCAUAAAUAAAGCAUAUCAGGCCUAA